AUGAGUGUUGAGAAAGAUCAAAUUGAAAACCACAUCUCAGAAGAUGAGAAAACGGUUUUUAAACCACAUCAACUUGAAGAAUCAGUUUCCAAAGAGGUGGAGGAGAUAAUUCAAAAUUAUGAUCUUGAAGUCUACAGGGAAUUACUUAGCAGAGGCGCUUUAUUGGCUAAUAACCCUGACUUAUUAUUCACAGAUAAGUACACAGAAAGUGAACAAAAUGCUAUCUCUAAAGAAUCGACGCAUCCACUUCUCUCUUUAUCGCCUGCUUUAAUUCUUGCUGCUUUGACAACAUCAUUUGCUGCUGUGAAUUUUGGUAUGGAUGAAUCAGCAGUUGGGGGAGCUCAACUUCAGUAUAACAAACAAUUCGGCAUUACAGAUGUGAAUUUACAAGGCCUUGUAAUAGCAUCUCCAUACCUUGCUGCUGCUGUUAUCGGCUGCCCCUUAACAGUGUUUUUAAACAACCAUCUUGGAAGAAAAUGGGUUAUUUUUAUAAGUUGUUUUAUCGGUUUUACUGGGUCUUUAUGGCAAGGUUUUUCCAAUGGUCUUGCUUCAUUAUUGGUGGGUAGAUUGUAUCUGGGGAUUGGUAUGGGCUUAAAUUCAACCACCGUUCCAAUAUAUGCUGCUGAAUGUUCCCCUGCUGUUUCAAGGGGCGCAAUUUUAAUGUUAUGGCAAACGUUCAUAGCUCUUGGUGUCUGUCUAGGCUCUGUUUUCAAUAGAGCUUUUGUUGAGAUUGAUGGUUCAUUGUCUUGGAGAUUGAUGAUUGGGUCCUCAUGUGUUCCACCGUUGAUUUGUGGAAUUUUUGUUCUUUUCCCUCCAGAAUCACCGAGAUGGUUGAUUGCAAAUAAGAAAACACGUCAAUCAUUUGAAGCUUUGUUGAAACUAAGAUCUUCUCGAGUGUCAGGUGCAAAAGAUUUUUACAUCUUGUAUGAAUCUUUAAAGUUUGAAAACAAAUUGAGUCAAAAUCUUUCACUAUCCCGUCAAUUUUUAGACUUAUUCCUCGUUAGAAGAAAUAGAUUUGCUGUUUGGGUUUCAUUUUUGGGUAUUUUUGGACAACAAUAUGGUGGGGUAAACAUUCUUGUUUCAUAUACAACCACGAUUUUAACUAAUGCUGGCAUUGAUUCGAUUACAGCCAUCGCAGGAUCAAUAGGUAUUGGUGGUGGAUGUUUUCUUGCAACAUUUAUAUCUACCCAGCUAAUUGAUAGAUAUGGAAGAAAAAAAAUGUUACUUUUCACUUUACCUGUGGAGGGGAUUUGUUUAUUCUGGUUAGGUGGUGUGUUAAAUGUUACCAAUGAUAAGGCUAGAUUGGGUGCCGGUUUGACAUCAAUGUAUGUUUACGUUCUCUUUUAUGGGCUUGGGAUUGGUCCUGUGUCGUUUGCUUUGGUUGCUGAAACACCAUCUAUUACCGUUAGAAGUGCACAUAGUGCUUUUUUAAUGGCUACAAACUGGCUGUUGGAUUUCUGUCUAAGUAUGACCUGGCCAAAAAUGAAUUCAACUAUGACAACAUCUGGUGGCUUAUAUUUUUAUGGUGCUUGGAAUAUUAUUUUGGUGAUUUUGGUUUUUUUUUAUGUUCCAGAAACGAAAAGGUAUACGUUGGAAGAAUUGGAUGAAGUGUUUGAAGAAGGUGCAAAAUCCUUUUCCAAAAAACAGAUUAAAAAGAUUUUGGGGAAAUGA